AGUGAUCCAUUUUGGGUCACAGGAGCAGCAGGGAGAUAUGUCACUUUGCAGAAGAUUAAUGGAAAGACCAUUUCACUAUGUUAGUGUUUAAAUAUCUGCUGUUGCCUGAACACGCAAGACUCUUAUUUGGGUUGGAGCUGUUUACAAUACAUCAUUUCUAUGUAACUUGUUGAGUCACAGAGCUUACUGCUUUCUUGAACUUAAUCCAAAUACGGAACUUGCAUUUGCAAACACAGAAGAACUCAGGAUGUGACUACCAUUUCCUAUUACAAUCAUUUGACCCAGCCUGGCUCUCAUUUUUCUAUGCUCAAAGGAAAUCUGAAAGUUUGAGUGAAAUUUCUGUCACCAAAACUCAAAAUGGUCUCACUGACGAGCUGGAUUCCUGUCUACAUAACUAUUCUUCUUCACUUACAUACCUGGGAAGCAAGGGUUUAUGCCUUUGGAACAUCUGAAGAGGAUGGAGUAGAUAUCACAUACGUUAUCAUAGGAGUUACUCUUGGAGCCAUUUUAGCUGUUGGUUUUAUAGCAUUAAAGAUCUGUAUGAUCAAAAGACAAUUGAUUGACAAUAUCCUUGGAGAGUCAGAAGGCAAAAUGGAACGAAGGUCACAGCAAGGAUCAAGUGGGAACAGAGAAGCCACCUUACCGAAAACAGAAAAUACAAAUGAUCUCUAACUGUUUUGAAAUGGGGUGCAUUCAGGCAGAAAGUCACAUACUGCUGUGCCUAUUCUGUUACUCAAUGAAAGGCUUUUGUUCGUGGACUUUUGUUGCUUUCUCAUCAGGUACAAAUUCAGUUACUUAAAAAAUUGGAGGGAGUAACUGAUAUCAGGAAAGACUUUGUUGUGUGAUCUACUGAAGAUCAUCUGCACUCAGAAAACGCUGUGCUCGUAAAUAGCAGAUGUCUAAAGGAAAUGUAUAAUGGAAAUACAAGAGAUGAGCUUUGUUCAAAGCAGCUUUCAUAUAUGGCUGUAAUAAGUAUAAGAUGCAUUUGUAAAACAAUGAACUAAAGGGUGAUCCAAAACUAGAGAUGGGCUCAGCUUGCAAAAUUCAGAUUUGCCUUCACAUUUCAAGUACAGGUAGGCAAAAAAGUUGAACUUUUCAUGUUGACAGCAAACAGAAAAAACAGGAAAAAUAUAAAUUCUGGAUGAAACCAAAACAGAAAAUUUUCUGGUUUUACAGUGAAACAAACAAAAAGACAGAAUUGUUUUAUGCCAUGCUGCAACAUUUCACUCAAUGCAAAUAAGCUGUUUUGCUUAUUCUUUCACUGUUUUUCUUGAUUUCUAAGAUGAAACAUUUAAUUUUGGAAAUCUUGGAACAAAUUGUUUUGACAUUUUAAACCCCACCCCCAUUUGCACAGUUCAAUCCAAAUUCAUAAACAGUCCUCCCUUCCACCAGCUGCCAACACCAUUUUUAGCAAAUUUAUUUUUCAGAAAACUAUUUUUUCUGGAUCUAAUUUCAAGCACUUUAAAGAUACUUGAAGAGGAAAGAAAUCAGAGGUUUGGCUUAAACCUUUGAAAAUGCAGGGACCAUUUGCAAAAUUUUGCUUCAGGUUUAAUUUUCAAACAGCAGCCUCAUCCUGCAAAAGCUGAGUGUUUAGACCUGAGAUCUCAAAUCAUCUAAGCUAUUAGAUAUUAUAUAGAAAGGAGUUUAUCCAUGUUCGUUCUUAAAUAUAUGUGCCACUUGUUAUAAACAUUGCAAUAAAAUUUUAUUUGAACCAUU